AUGGCGUCUGCUCCGAGCUCGCCGGAGAGGACCAGGGCCGAACCCGAAGCUCUACCCCGGAGUUCAUCCGAUCAUGCCGUUGAGACUGGUACACCAUCGAGCCGUCUUGGCACCGAUGGAGAUGCAAAGUUCGAGGUUUCUGCCUCUCCUUCGGAGCAGUCACAUUCCAAAAAGCGCUUCCUGCAAGCCCGGGACAAGUCCCAGGGCCGGAAGGGCAUGGCAGCCAUGAUGUCUGGGUUAGAAUCACGACUCUUCCCGAGGAGCUUUUCCCGCGGGAGAGACUCAUCGCGAGGUUCCAUCCAGCGUGGUUCAUCCCUUGACUCCAGAUCCUCUACCUCGCCGGAGAGGGGUCGCCCGAGCUCAUCCGGGAGCCAUUCUAUCCAUGUAGAGUCAAUACAGCCUACUCCUAACAACACAGGGAAAGGAAAGACAGUCCAUAUCCACGACCAUCUGAAUAAAUCAGAUGAAGCCUUGCCCAACUCUUCUGGAAGUCUUCCUGAUUAUGUCAAACCGGCUGCCGUGGAGGAAAACGGGGAACGACUGGCCAAGGAUGUAUUUGACCGCGACAAGAAUAUAAUUGAAAGCAGUGAGGAUGAAGGCGACGACACUUCAAGUGACGACGACAGCACCAACGAGGGUAUGCGAGGUCGCAAAAAGAGGGCUGAUAUCACAUCUAUCACACCCGACGACUUUGAAAAGUCCAAGAAUGAGGAGCCCAAGCCGACAGAGCAAAAAGCAAAUGAGAAGACGACGGGGCCCCAGGAGAAGAAACCUCGGAAAUCAGCUUUGAAAGCUGUUGUGCAUCCACAGACGAGUUUCGAUAUCCCGACCCCUCGUAUCCAGUCAGUGGCUGGUACACCUUACGGGUCCGACGAUGAAGCGGAAAUUGGCGACAUUCAUCGUGCACAGAAGCUCAGCAUUUCCAUGUCAGCCAUUGAUAAUGGCGUGCACAACCGAUCCAUCCGAACAAUUGUUCGCGGAAACUUUUCAGGCUUGUCAGACGUCGGCGACGGGAUCCGCCGACGCCGACGUAAGUAUCUGGUCGCCACCGACUUAAGUGAAGAGUCUGUAUAUGCCCUCGAGUGGACCAUCGGCACAGUCCUCAGGGAUGGUGACACAAUAUUCGCCAUCUACGUUAUGCCCGAGGAUUCUACGAGUACCUCGGCUGUGCAGGUUGGCGAGGGAGCCAAAGUGAUCAAAGACGCAACAGCGGUCGUUGGCACACAGACAAAGGAAGCACAGAAUUCUGGCUAUGGAUCCCGAACGAUCCUGGGUCGUCUUGGUCCCGGAACCGCCAGCAAGGCGCAUUCUGCUGAUUCCCGGGCGUCAUCAAUGGCUGAAGCGGAACGGGUGAGGGCAGUCGAAACUGUGUCUCAGACCUGUGUAAAGCUGCUGCGGAAAACGGUGCUACAGGUUCGCAUUGCUGUUGAGGUUAUUCACUGCAAGAACCCGAAGUCCAUGAUCACUGAGGCUAUUGAUGAACUCGAACCGACACUUGUUAUUGUGGGUGCCCGAGGUCAAAGUGCUCUGAAGGGUGUGCUUCUCGGCUCGUUCUCCAACUACCUACUUUCCAAAUCUUCAGUGCCGGUGAUGGUCGCCCGUCGAAAGCUGAAGAGACAUUCUUCCAAGGGCAGGCUCAGCAGCGCAAACGUGCGCCUUUCUAAUAAUUUGAUUACCCCGAAGAGUCUUUCUCAGGCCAAAGUGGACUAA